AUGAGAAAGACCAUCGACGACGAGACCGGCUCCACGGUUAGCUACGAGGAGGUCGCUUUCCGACGCGUCUCGCCUCCUGGCGACGAAAAGGCUCUAGUCACCCAGCAGAAGCCAGCACCCAAGCCGACCCCUGACGUGUUGUACGUGUUGCAACAUGUCAGCCUUGGCGGCAAGGUCAUAGAAAGCCGAGAGAGCGACGUCCCAUUCAAGGAGAUCCCAGACUAUGGGGCGAGAGACGACGAGAGCACGGCCAAGCGAGACGUUGAACCAGUCCUCGAGAUCGUGACCAAGAUCUCGGCCUAUACCGGCGGGAGCAGGACUGUUCAUUAUCGCCGCAUGCCCCCUCCGCGCCCGCCUCCCGUUUUCGACGACGAUGAUGACUAUGUGUCGUAUGACUCCGACAGUAGUGAUGAUGAUGUCCCGGGAAAGUUGACGGUAGAGCGCACCCGCAUGAUCAUUCACUCUCCGCACCUCAUCAAUGCUCUAAGGGCGACCGUGGCCUACUACCCCAACAUUAACCUCCUCGGGGACACUGUCAAGAUAGACGCGCCGUAUCGCGCCGUCGUCCAUCAUCGUGAUGCUCUAACAAAAUACAAGUUCCACCAGCCUUCCCACCACUCUUCCGAGUACGCCCGCACCACGGCUGAGCACAUUGACGUUCUCCUCAACUUCAUCGAACAGACCGUCGGUGAAUCCAUCCGCAAGGAGGAAGAACGGUACGCUCGCGGCACCCCCGUUGCGACGUUUGAGAACUACUGGAUGGCGCUCAAGCCGGGCGAGAUCGUCUACGUGAACAACGAGGACGUCUGGCAGCCCCUUAUCGUCAGCAGUCUGAGCCAGGAGACGACCUCGUCUGGACAUAGACGCCAGUGGAUGGUGGCCUGCUGGCUGCUCGAGAUGGGCAACAGCAAGAUGGUCCGCAAGAUGGUGCAGUACAAGCUGCCCUCGUGGCCCGGCGAGCAGGUCAUCCACUCUCUGGAUGUAAUGCCGGCUCGCUUCUACCCCGACGCGCCCGAGAAGAUGCUCGAGAAGCAGAUCAAGUUGGGCAAGCUAUACUGGGAACUCCUUCAGCGACCGACUUACAUGGAAUAUGACGGCUUGUUGGUGCAGUCCGCGAGCUCGCGUGCUGGGCCUGCCUUCCGCGAGCCAUCAGGCUACAUGACUGGACGAGUUAUUUGCGACGCUGAGGGCUUCAAUAGAUUCGCCUCGCACUCUCCCGAGAACCGUCAUCACCGCUCGCGGAGACCUGCUGGCCUCCCUCCCGGCCAGGGUCCUCCACCAGAGCAAGACCAUCUCCCUCACUUCCUUCCACGGUGUGGUUGCAAAGCAUGUGCCGACUCCAAAGACCAGGAGGAGCCAGGAACCUAUGCAGUCUUCGACAACGUCUACCCCACCAAGUCCGCCGCUCCAACCAGCGACCUCUUCUACAUUGCUUGCAUCAAGGUCAUCCCUGCCUUCCUCCUCGGCGAGCGCCACUGGGGCCACUUGAACCUCGAGCACCUCAAGCCCGUCGUCACCGACCACGAGGCCUUCAAGUAUCUCGUCCUCGACGACGAGAUCAAGUUGACGGUCAAGGCUCUCAUCGGCAAGUUCGCCACGACCGACUCGGGCAGAGUCUCCCCUUGGGGCAACGACUUCGUCAAGAACAAGGGCGAGGGCCGCAUCUUCCUCCUCCACGGCGCACCCGGCGUCGGCAAGACCUGCACCGCCGAGUGCGUCGCCGAGCUCACCAACCGGCCCCUCAUCUCGCUCACCUCGGGCGACCUGAGCGUGAACUCGCACGCCGUGGAGAACAACCUCUCCUACUUCCUCGAGCUCGGCCAGCGCUUCGGCGCGCUCGUGCUGCUCGACGAGGCCGACGUCUACCUCGAGCGCCGCCGCGCCAAGGACAUUGCCCGGAACGGCCUCGUCUCCGUCUUCCUGCGCGCGCUCGAGUACUACCGCGGCGUGCUCUUCCUGACGACGAACCGCGUCCAGGCCUUUGACGCAGCCUUUACGUCGAGGAUCCACGUCGCGCUGCACUACAAGAACCUGACGGACCUCGACCGCGAGCGCAUCUGGGCCAACAACUUUGAGAGGCUCGAUCGAGACUCGAGUGGGCGUGUCCGUGUUGCCGCCGCGGCAAGGGACUAUGCGUGGGAGUCGCGUGAUGUGAGACUCUUGAGGUGGAAUGGCAGAGAGAUUAGGAACGCGUUGCAGACUGCGCUCGCCCUCGCUGAGAGCGAUGCUGCUGAGGGUGGAAGUGAGCGAAUCACCGUCACUGACAAGCAUCUUCGGGCCGUUGUCAAGAUGAGUCGCGGAUUCAGGGACUAUCUCCGGAGUGGAAAUGUCUACGACGGCGAGAGCGAGCUUGACGUCGAAGAAGAGGACGAGGACAUUUACUCUGACUAG